GAGAGGGAGAAGUUGAGAGAGGCAGAGAGGGUAGCCAUGGUCGCAAUGCAGUGCUCGCUCCGCUGAGCAUGGCGUUGGUUGUCAUGGUGGCUUGUGUCCCAGGAGUAUGGUCCAACGUGCGGCUGGGGCACCUUUGCACGCCAUCUUCAUGACGCUUGCCUUCGGCAUGUUUGCUCCGCUGUCAGCGUUGACCUUUAUGCCGCGCUUCGGACUGUCCCGGGACUUCGCCAAGAAGGUGCACAUGGUCGGCCAUGGUUGCGCCGUGGCAUUUGCUUGCUUGGGCGUUGCGGUCGAGUGGAAGUUGCACUCGGAGCCAGGCAGCCACCACUUGACCAGCUCGCACAGUUGGAUCGGCAUCUGCACCGUGGUUGCUUACGUCACGAACUGGAUGAGUGGACUCAGUUUCGCCUUGCCAAGCGCACUCGCGCCGCGACCGGCGUGCAAGAGGGCGCUUCUGCCAGUGCAUGUUUUCUUGGGAUCCGUUGCCUUGGUGGCCGGGCUGCUGUCCAUUGUGACAGGCUUGCUUUCGCACUUGAGACGGAAGGCGCAUCAUGGCGAGUGGCGCUGGUGGAUUGCAAAUUGGGCCUCAAUUCUUGCGGUGUGCUUGGGUGUUGUUGUUUUUGGCGGGCUUUACAGACCAUUCAGGCCGCAAGAAGAGGUGCAGAAAGAAGACGCCGAGUCCAGUUCAGACCACGCGCAUCUUGAGAGCGGCUCCGAGGAGAGUUGACAGUGCAGGCGCAGAGCCACCACGGCAUGCGAAUUUUUGUGCAAGAAGAGGCCAUCAUCUUGCAUCCUAGUGGUUGCCCUAUUGAGGCGGAGUCGCGCGAUCGGCCAGCGAUCAGACAUUCUGACCAUGAAGCGCCCUGGGCCUUUUUUUUGUUUUACAAGGGAUUCCCACCA